AGGCUGCAAUUAUACUCUGUUUACGUGACAUGCGCGAGUAAAACAUGUGAUAUGAUCAAACGAGAUUGUCUAACCACAGAGGCUGCACUCUGGUCACGUGACACGGGGAGCAAAGUUUUGAAACAGUCUACCAAGAGUGAACUAUCAAGCAAAGCUGUAGCCUACACAAUGGCCUCAGGUUCAACAGAACCAGAGCCUGCGGGGAUGCUAGUACCAAAGAGGAACUGCACAUCAGCCGUGUGGGAAUAUUUUGGAUUUAAAAGAGAUGAUGUCGCACAGAGUCAGGUACUGUGUAAAACCUGUCUUGGUAGAGUUUCUACAUCUCGGGGAAACACUACGAAUUUGUACCAGCACCUUAAGACUCAGCACAAAACAGAGUAUGAUAGAUGUAUGGCUAAAAAAUCUAGUAGUGUGCAGAAUAAACCUAGUAACGUUACUCGGCAAGGAUCACUGACCGAACUGUUUGAAGGUGUUACGCCAUAUGAACGCACUUCAAAACGGCACGUGGAAAUCACCAAAGCAGUAACCCACUGCAUCGCGAAAGACAUGAUGCCCGUCAAUAUGGUGACCAAGCCUGGGUUCAAUAAUUUGGUAACUACACUGGAUAAGAGGUACAGAAUGCCCUCCCGCACGUAUUUCAGUCAGACUGCAAUACCCGAGCUACAUAUGCAAUGUAGGCGGAGGGUUGCAGCGGAGUUAAAGGCUGUUGAGUUUUUUGCGGCGACAACAGACAUGUGGUCAAGCCGUACAGCAGAGCCCUAUCAAAGUCUGACGGUGCAUUACAUUACCGAAGACCUCCACCUCGAAGCUCGCAGCCUACAAACGGCCUACUUCCCCGAAGACCACACAGGGGAAAACAUUGCUGCUGGCCUGAGAGAGGGGCUUGCGUGUUGGGAUCUCCCUGAAGACAACCUUGUCUGCAUAACGACGGACAACGCGUCAAAUAUGGUGAAAGCAGCACAGCUGAACGAAUGGACCAGGCUCCAGUGUUUCGGACACAGAUUGCAUCUUGCUAUUGAAAAUGCAAUCAAAGAUGGUAGAGUAUCAAGAGCAAUUGGGCUGUGCAAGAAGUUGGUGGGGCACUUCUCGCACAGUUGGAAGAAAAAGGCAGCACUCACUGAGGCACAGAAGGAGCUUAAGCUUCCUGAGCACUCUCUCAUUACUGAGUGCCCUACAAGAUGGGGGUCCAAAGAGAAAAUGAUUGCCAGAGUGCUGGAACAGAUGAAAGCCAUAUCGCAGGUAUUGACAGGUGACCGACAUGCACGCUCCCUCAUCCCAACCUGGCAGGAUGCUGAAGUGUUGGAGUCCAUUCAUAAGGCACUGCAUCCUCUCUCCGAAUUUACUGAUGCUCUUUCUGGAGAAGAGUAUGUGAGCAUCUCCUACCUCAAGCCAGUUCUCCAUCUUCUGGCAACAUCAGUCUUGGCUGAAGAUGCUGAGGACACUGAUCUGACUAGAUCAAUUAAAACCAAGGUCCUGGCAUACCUCAACGACAAGUAUAGUGACCUCAACACCCAGGAGCUUUUGGAUGUUGCGUCGUUCAUGGACCCUAGGUUCAAAACGCAAUACAUCAGCGCAGACAACCUUCCUGCCAUUAAAAGGAGAAGAGCUUUGCCUCUGCCACUUGAAGAUGUCGUGGAGGCAGAGUUGAAUAGUUACCUGUUGACCCCUGUCAUUGACGGAGAGGAUGAUCCCUUAGCCUGGUGGAAGGUGCACAACAUUCACUUUCCACGACUGUGCAAGAUGGCCCGCAAAUAUCUGUGUGUGCCAGCCACAAGUGCCCCCUCAGAGCGUCUGUUCAGCACUGGAGGGAAUAUAGUGACCUGCACUCGCUCAUCCUUAAAGCCAGCAAAAGUAGAUAUGCUGGUCUUCCUAGCAAAAAACCUGUGA